AUGUCCAGCAGUAAACAACCCGAAUAUGAUGAAAGUGUUGCUUCAACGGAUAUCAUAAACCAAAUGGCAGUGCCUCUCCCAAUUGUUUAUGAAGAACAGGCAAAGGAUUUGAUCAAGAAUUGCACAAAAAGUCCAUUUGGAAGAGGUGAAGCAACUAUUUAUGAUGAUAAUGUCAGAAAGUCCUGGCAACUGGAACCUGAUAAGUUUCGAAUUACCAAUCCAAAAUGGGAUCACUUAAUAGAAAAACUAGUGAACGAUUACAUCCAGAAGGAAUUGGGAAUUGGAACAGAAAAAACAAUUAGUUUUUCACUUUACAAGGUGUUGUUGUAUGAGCAAGGAGGUUUCUUUGAUUUUCACAGAGACACUGAGAAGGAAGAUGGAAUGAUUGCAACAUUGGUCGUUCAGUUGCCUAGUCAUUUCUCAGGAGGUGAAGUAACUGUGAGACAAAAUGAAAGAGAAAAGAAAUUUGAGUGCAACGAAGAUUCAACCUUCAGUGCAUAUUAUGUGAGCUUUUACUGUGAUUGUCCACAUAGGGUUGAACCAGUGACUUCUGGAUACAGAUUGGCUUUAAUUUAUAAUUUGAAAUAUUCUGGAUCUGACAAGAUUUCCAUUAUCGACAACAACAGUCAAGUUCUGAAUCUUGAGAAGAUUAUAAAUUAUUGGUUGAAGGCACCAAUGUAUUCAAAACUAUGCUACAUCCUUCAGCACAAGUAUUCAAAGGCAGGAUUGAGUCCGACCUUUUUGAAAGGAAAAGAUGAAGCUGCUUAUCAACUAUUGAAACAACUUUGUUCUGUUGAUUUAUAUUUUGGAAUUUUGGAAAAACAAGAAAGUUCAUGUGGGAAUAGCGAAUAUGAUAUUGAUGAGACCAGAUUUGAGUACAAAGCGAACAUCUUUUUAAGCAGAACAAAGAAACAAUGUGUAAAAUUGGUUGAGGAGGAAAUAUUUCCUGGAACUUUGAGAAGGUCAAUGCCAAUGACUUCCCGCGAUAUAUUUAGAAUAUGGAAAGGAGGAGGUCUUAAUGAGCGAUUCAACAAGGACACUAUUCCAAAGCUGAUAAAACACCAUGGUUCUGAACAUUUCAUACCUUUAUUUGAAAAAUAUACCCAAAAAUGUUUAAUAGAUGUUUUUGAAAAGAUAAUCACCAAAGAUGGAAAGGAAGAGCAGUUCUUGGCGUCAAAACUUUAUGAAAAUAUUAAGAAAAGCAAGGAUCUUGGUGUUCCAACAACUAUCAAAUUAUUGAAUGUUUGUAGAAAGAGUAAUAUCACUCAUGAGGAAAUUGAAAUUGCAACAUUGACAAUUGAAGAAAGUAAUUAUUGUGAAUAUCAAACACUUGAAAUCAUUCAAGGGCUCAUUGAGGUGAACGGAAAUGAUUUGGAAAGGAUCAGGAUUUCGAUUGCUUUUAGAUCAUGGUAUGAAGUUAAUGAGUAA